UCAAGUGCCAAUAACACGGUCCAUCGAAAUGGGCAAUGAGAUGGAAGAAGCCGCACCAAAUUCCAACUUAGUUAAUGGCUUUAUGUCGAUCCUUCUUCCUCUGUAGCUUUCCACUUCCUCGUCUUCCAUUGCAGUUUAACACUUCAAUUCCUUCCCCAAACUGCCCUUUAAAAUUCCAUCAAAUUAGCACUUUGCCACUCCUUGGCUUUAAACGCUGCAAAACAGCUUCUUUUGCUUCACUGCCGUUAUCAUCAUCAUCAAUGGAAAACCCACCAGAAGGUUAUAGAAGAAAUGUGGGCAUUUGUCUAAUGAACCCUUCUAAUAAAAAGAUAUUUGCUGCUUCAAGGCUUGAUAUACCUAGUGCCUGGCAAAUGCCACAGGGUGGGGUGGAUGAUAGUGAAGAUCCAACAAAUGCUGCCAUCAGGGAAUUAAGAGAGGAAACUGGGGUUACUUCAGCAGAAAUUGUUGCUGAGGUCCCACAUUGGGUAACUUAUGAUUUCCCACCAGACGUUAGAGAAAAGCUAAGGCAUCAAUGGGGUUCUGACUGGAAAGGUCAAGCACAGAAGUGGUUCCUAUUUAAAUUCACUGGAAAUGACGAAGAAAUCAACCUUCUAGGCGAUGGGACGGAGAAGCCUGAGUUUGGAGAAUGGUCAUGGAUAUCACCCGAGCAAGUUAUUGAACUCGCAGUGGAUUUCAAGAAGCCUGUUUACAAGGAAGUUCUCUCUGUUUUCUCGCAACAUUUCCAGUAGUGAAACUGGUCAUUUCUUAAGUGCGAAGUUCAAGAGGUUUUAUUUGCCUUUGCUGUUACCAAAAAAAUGGCAGGAGGUUCAAUAUGGUUUUUGCGGGGGGCUAACUGCAUAGCUGGUUAUGGUGAAAUAAAUCUGUAAACUUGUUCUACUGCGUACAAUUAUUGAUUAUGCCUGUAACAUUGUUUUCAUUUAUCUCUUAAAGAAAGAACGGUAAAAAAUAAUCUUAUUACGCAGGGCAAAGGGAAUAAUGAGAAUUAAACUUACACUCA